UCUCUCUCCUCCACUUUCUUUCACUUCCACCUUCUCUCGCCGGGUCCUCCCUCUUCCCCUCCAUGGUCAUUGUCAGUACCUGACUUACUCUAAAUCGAUCUAUGACAUUCGUUCAAUCCCACCACUUCAAUUGCAAGAAGUCCUGAGCAUCUCCGCCCGCAUGUCGUCAUACUCGCUGUCCUCGAGUACUUCCUCUUCCCCUCGACCUCUAGACCAGCCCCAGGAGCAACAACAACAACAACAACAACCACCUCCAACCCAGCACCAGCAUCAGCACCACCACCACCAGCAACAGCGGUCCUCUUCCCUCCAUCAAUCCGCAGCCUCCUACUUCUCCUACCCGGUCACCCACGUCGUCUCAGGCCUCUACCGCCGCUUCACCGACCCUCAAUCCACCAAAACCAGCACCAACAACAAGAAGGACAGCACGAUGCGCCGCCCCUGGCACUCCAACACAACGCCCGCCGACGCAUCCACCGCAACGAACACGCUCUUCACGCCCAUCCGCACCGCCUCGCCCUUCCAACCACCGCCCCUCACCCCACUAACCCUCACCGACCCGGACAGCCACCACCCCCCCAACAACGAAGACUACCUACUCACGCGCUCGCUGGCCGAAGAGAUCCGGCUGCUGGUGCCCGCCCGCCUCCAACUCUGCGACACCUGGCGACUGGCCUACAGCCUCGAACGCGACGGCGCCUCGCUGUCGACGCUGUACGAGAACUGCCGCGCCAUCUCCCACCGUAGCCCGCGGGCGGGCUACGUCCUGAUCAUCCGCGACGCCUCCCCAUCCACUUCCUCCUCAACACCCACCACCACAUCCACCAACCACACCAGUACCCACAGCAGCGGCGCCGUCUUCGGCGCCUACAUGACCGACCCCCCGCACCCGGACUCGCACUACUUCGGCACAGGCGAGUGUUUUCUCUGGCGCGCCUCGGUGCUGCAGCCGCCCUCGACCGUCCAACUCCUGCAGUCGAUGUCAACCAUCAACAAAAACACCCAAGACAACGAUCCAAACCACGAGGAUGCCGCGUGGGAGGCGCUCGAACGCGCCGGACUCCCCUUACCGCCCAGCGCGGAUACCACGCACGCCGGGCGGUCGACCACCCUGCGGAGUCGGAGUCCCUUGCCCCGUCCCAGCGGGAACUUGUCGGUUCCGGGGGGGACGAGUAGCAGCCCCCAACAUCCGGGACAACAGAGUCGGAGUGGGACGGCCACGCCGGAGCAGAUCCGCUUCAAGGCGUUCCCCUACAGCGGGGUCAAUGAUUAUAUGAUGUUCUGUGAGACCGGAUUCUUGAGUCUUGGUGGCGGGGAUGGGCAUUACGGUCUCUGGGUGGACUCGAGCUUGGAGAAAGGUGUCAGUGCCGCUUCGCAGACCUUUGGCAAUGAGCCGCUCUCGGAUGAAGGCGUCAAGUUCGAUAUCCUUGGUGUAGAGGUUUGGUAUGUCGGUUCCUAGGGCAGGGCGCGCAAAUGAGCCCCCUGUUUGGGUAAUAGGUAUAUGUGUGUGUCUCCACUCGGCCAUUGGAAAAUUGAUUGCUGCUGAGUGAGAAAGGGGGGAUCAUGAUCUGCGGGCAGAAUGGUCUAUAAUAAACUGAACAUUGACCCAGCAAGGUGGCAGGAAUGAGGGUAGGUGUGUGGUGGGCGCAAGGCAGAUGAAAUAUUCACCCGGAGUUAGUAUAUGGCAGCGCCCACUACAACAUUGUGGCCAGUGGCCAGUGUCCGGAUAAUCCGUCGUCAUCUCAUAAUUCGUGUACUUUGAUUACCACUACAUAGAGCUACCUAGGAGAAGU